AUGAAGGUUUCUUUCAUCGCUGCCUCUCUUUUGUCGCUGGCUGUUGCCGGCUCCGCCUCUCCAGCGCUCUCUACUCGUACCGACAAGUCGAUCGACGAUGCUGCAAAGUCAUGCAAUGCCAAUCAGGUCGUCGCCUGCUGCAACCCUUCCAGCACCCAGAGCAGUGCUGGAUUGCUUUCUGCGAUCGUUGGACCCAUCCUUGGCAAUGGAUGCACUGGCGUUAGUGCUACAGUUUUGGCUAUUCUUAGCGGCAACGGAGCUACCGCCGUCUGUGGCAACACCAACACGGUCAAGUGUUGCAAUGGCAACAAACAGACUGGCCUGGUCAAUGUCGAUCUGUCUUGCACCGACGUUCUCUGA